CGAGCCGGCGGGCAAUGCCCUGACGCGUGAAUCGGCGCUUCGUGGCGCGGUGAGGUGGGCGGCACGGUGAGCGGUACUAUCGGAGUCUCGAGCCCGGUGGUGUGCGGUGCGCGGCGUGAAGCGCGGGGUGUUUUGGCCGUGCGAGGAUUUCGAGACGUAUGUAGCGAUCGAGAAGAUGCCGGUCUCGAUCUCGAGAUCUCUCGAGGGAGACGGAGAACCCUCCACCUCCGUUGUGUUCGAGCCGGGUGAUCGGGCGUUUUUUUAAGGAAGGUCUGUAGCCGAGAACUCUCAGCGAAGGCGGAGUACGCUCUACCCUCUGCUACGGAGACGAACUAGAAGUUAAAAUGCGAGCGGUACCGAGAGCUCUCGGUUAAGACAGAGAACACUCUACCCUAUUUACCGAUUGUAGGAAGCUUCUCAGGAUCGUACUCUGGUCGGGAUCGGGAUCCAGCGUACGGUCGGAGCGAGAAGUGUCGCAGCCAGUGUUGCUGUUCGUGCCGCUUUUUUCGCGCAUGCGCAGCACAAUGACGGUUGACGCCGGCGUGAUACAGCGGUGUAAUGUGGACUCAAUACGUGGGCGCAACAAGGGCACGAAGUAUUUUGACGGGCUGCUGCUGGCUGCUGCUUCUGACAGUGAGAUGGUAGGUCUGAUAUGUAAGUUAAGAUGUAAGUUAGGAGAUAAGUUAGGAAGUAAGUUAGUAUGUAAGUGUUUUAUGUAAGUGUUUUACGUAAGUGUUUAAUUAAUUAACUUUUUUUGUAUAUUUUAUUUUAUAUAUUUUAUAUAAUGGAAAAUUUAAAUAAAAAAGGAGCUAAUAAAAAAGUAAUAAAUCGGGAAUUUAAAACUUGUUGACUAGAUGAAGAUAUAUUUAAAGGCUGGCUGACUCCCCAUCCUACAGAGAAUAAGGCAUUAUGUAGUUUAUGUAAUAAAUCCAUCAGAUGCUGCAAAACAGAUUUAGUAAGGCAUUCGCAGAGGGCUAAACAUAUAGAAAAAAUUAAAGAAAAUUGUCAAAGUCUUGAUAACAAUAAUAAUAGUAAUGAUAAUAAUGUAAUUUCACACUCGGAUAAAGUUAAACGUGCAGAAAUAAAAUUAGCAGCGUUUUAUGCAGAGCAUAAUGUUGCUCUUUAUACCGCAGAUCAUUUAAUACCUUUGUUAAAAGAUAUUUUUAUAGAUUCAAAAAUUAUGCACGAUCUUACACUAGCUCGAUCUAAGUGCGGCCAAAUUAUAAAAGAAGUAAUUGCAAAACGUGAGACAGAAAAAUUAGUUAAUAUUUUACAAAAUCAUAAAUUUUCAAUAUUAAUUGACGAAAGCACUGACAUUGCAGACACAAAACUUAUGUGCGUUCUUGUUAAAUUUGUUUCACCUUUAGAUAAAAAAGUAAAGACACAAUUAUUAGAAUUAGUCUCAUUAAAUGCAUCCGACUGCUCAGCAAAUAAAAUUUUUGAUACUUUUAAGAAACUUUUAGAAGAAAAAGAAAUCCCGAUAAAAAAUAUAAUUGGAAUAACAAGCGAUAACGCGUCAGUUAUGAUUGGAUGCAAGAAUUCAUUUUUUUCUCGUCUGCAAUCAGAAGUACCAAGUGUCAUAUUACUAAAUUGUACUUGCCAUUCUUCCGCGAUUAUUGCUAGCAAAGCUUGUGAAAAAUUACCGUCAUCGUGUGAAAGUUUAAUAAGAGGAGUUGCAACUUAUAUAUCGGGUAGUGCUAAGAGAUGUGCUAUUUUACGCGAAUUCCAGGAUUUUUUUAAUGUUGAAAAAAAUAAAAUUUUAAAAUUAUCAAAUACAAGAUGGCUUGUUUUACAUAAAUGUGUUGUCAGGCUUCUCAACAAUUGGGACGUUUUAAAACAUUAUUUUCUUUUUUCAGUAGCCGAAGAUAAUAGUAGAUCUGCGGAAAUUAUUCUAACUCAAUUAAAUGACAACACAAUUAAAGCUUAUUUAUUAUUUUUGAAAUAUUCAUUAAAUUUUUUAAAUAGCUUUAACGGUCUUUUUCAGUCACGCCAAAUUAUGAUUCAUCAAUUAUUUGAAGAAAGUCGAAAAUUAAUUCAUCAAAUUGCUCAAAAUUUUGUAAAACCCGAUGCUUUAAAAAAUAUUGUUACUCUGAACAUAGAUGAUGACAAAAAUAUACAACACCUUAAUAAUAUAUAUUUGGGGCCCGAAUGCGAAUGUUUAUUAGUUACACAAUCUGUAGAAUGCGCGCAAGAAAUUAGAAUAAAUUGUUUAGAUUUUUAGGACUUCCGUUUCCGGUGUCAUAGAGAGUGACAGGUGUGUGUGUGGCGUGUGAAAGAGCGAGUGAGUAAGGUGGUUAAGAAGCAGAGAAUAAUUGCGAGAGGGGUGGCAGUGAGAGAAGGUACGUUAGGUGGAGUAGGGGAAGAAGAGUAGGAGAGGAGAAAUUAGUAAUUAGUUAAUUAGAGACGAAAGAGAAUUGAGUGGGCAGGUUAGAGAACAUAGAGAAGGUAGGGGCUAGAGAGAGGCAAGCGAAGAGAAAUAGCGGGUAGGAGGGAGACACGAGCGACGCGAGUGGACGGGCGGAGAGUUAGAGAGGCAGGCGAGUGAGUUCGUAGGAGCGGUAUAGAAAGAAGUAAGUAAGUUAGGAGUACAAUAAGGAGGAUAUGGUGGAAAACGAAAAUAGAGAGGAGGAGGGAUUAGGAGGAUUAAAAAACAAGGGGGAUGUAGCGAAAAAGAAGGGGAGGCCGACAAAUUUAGAAAGGCUGACUAGGGAAAGAACAAGAAGCAUGAAUAGCAUAGAAGAAAUGUUGAUAAGGGGAAAAAGGAAGGAACGAGAGCAGGAUGAGGAGGGGAUGGAGAUAAUGGAAGAGGAGGAGAUACUUAAAAGAAGCAGAAUAGGAAAGGGGUCUCCGGAAACGAAUGAGUGUAGAGGGGGCAAUUUGGGUAAAAUAUUAGAGGAAUUAGGAAAGCUGGGAAAGAAAAUGGAUGAAGGAAAGGAGGAGUUGAAGAAACAGAUAGCAGAUCUAAAAAAUAGGUGGGAGGAGGAAAGGAGAGAAAUGAGGGAUAGGAUAGAGUUGAUGGAAAAAAGAAUAGAAGACUUAGAAGAGAAAUUGGAGAAGGAGGGGGAUAAAAGGAGGGAAAUUUUAAAAGAAGAGGGGAGAAAGGAAGGAAAGGAGGGGGCAGGGGAGAUAACGAGAAGAAUGAGAGAGGUCGAAGUAAGGUUAGACAAAAGGGAGAGGGAAUCAAGGAGAAAUAAUAUAAUAGUCAAAGGAAUUAAGAUAGGAGAGGGAAAGGUGGAAGAGACAAUAAAGGAGCUUUGGGGGGAAAUGGGUAUAGAAGAGAGCCUAAGAGAGGUAAGGAGAGUAGGAGGGGUAGACAGAGAGGGGAGAGGGAUGAUGUUAGUAAAGUUAGGAAGCUUGGAGAGCAAGAGGAGAGUGAUGGAGGCAAAGAAGAGACUAAAAGGUAGAAGGGAGAGGAUAGAUGACGAUUUAACGAGAGAGGAGAGAAGAGCGAGAUGGAAAAUAGAAAGGGAAGCAGAUAAAGAGAGGGAAAAAGGGAAGAGAGUUAAUGUAGGAUAUAUGAGGAUGUGGGUAGAUGGGAAAGUAAAGAUAUGGGAUGAGAUAGGAGAAAUGUGGUUUGGAGAUAAGGUAAACGAGUAAGGAGAGGCAGUAUGAGGGGAGGAAAA